AUGAUGAGUGGAAUAUGUUAUUAUUGUGAAGCAUUCAUUUGCCACAGUAAGAAAUGUCUUUCAACUCAUCCAUGUAAAUGUUUAUUGCGUGAUGCCCGGUGUACGGAAUGCAAACGAGGUGUAGAAGAGCAAGGUGGACGAAUGUUUCAAUGUGCUUUUUGUGACGUCUUUGUGUGUGAAGAUGAUCAAUUUGAACAUCAGUCCAGCUGUCAACGUGUUGAGAGUGAAAAUUUAAAAUGUAUGUCAUGCAAUCGUUUUGGCAUGUAUACAUGUUUGCGAUGUAAAAUUUGCUGCUGUGAUGAUCAUGUUCGCAAAAAAGGUUUUAAAUAUAAUCGACAUUUGAAAGAUUUACCAUGUCCAAAAUGUGGCAAGCCAAUUAGCGAAACAAAACUCUGCAGUGUUUCAGCUCGAAAACAUGCUUACGGACGUCAGGCUCGUGCAGCUCAUAACAAUGAUGGCGAGAAGGCAGGAAAUUCCAAUAGAUACAAUAAAGGCGAUGAGUUCAAAGAUGUUAAUUACAAUGAAGCAUCUGAUGAGGACGAAGAUAGUGAUGAUGCUGAUGAUGAUGGCGAAGAUGAGGACGUUAAGGAUGAUAGCAAAGAUAGCGAUAAUGCUGAUGAUGAUGGCAAAGAUGAGGACGUUAAGGAUGAUAACAAAGAUAGUGAUGAUACUAAUGAUGAUGGCAAAGAUGAGGACGUUAAGGAUGAUAACAAAGAUACUGAUGGCGCUGAUGAUGAUGGCAAAGAUGAGAACGUCAAACAGGAUAACAAUGAUGACGCUGAUAAUGAUGGCAAAGGUGAGGACUUUAAGCAUGAUAACAAAGAUAAUGAUGACGCUGGCAAGGAUGAGGACGUCAAGCAGGAUAACGAUGAUGGUGAGGACAUUAAGCAUGAUAACAAAGAUAGUGAUAUUAAUGAUGGUAACAAGAAGGAUGUUAAUCCUAACGACAAGGACAAUAAGAAUGACGGUAAUGACAGUGGAACAAAGAAGGGUGAUAGUCAUAAUGACGAGGGAAAGGAUAGCAAUCAUAAUGAUAGAGGGAAGGGCGGCAAUCAUAAUAAUGGAGGAAAAGAUGACAAUCAUAAUGACGGAAACGGCAAUUAUAAUGACAAAAACAAUGACGGUGAUAUUGACACUGGUAGCGAUGACUAA